AUGAGCGCCGACAUCCGCUCGCCGGACGUCGUCACGGUGCCAUGCUUCCCGACGAAUCCAGAAAUACAUAAGCUCGGGCAGGGUAAACAGCACGUUUUGGCUCAUGAAAUCGGUCAAGGCUCGUUAUGUCGGAAAUGCGACUGCACAGGGCUCGAUCUACAUUUUUGGAGAAAACUGUGUAAAAAUUGUGGGUGCCGAAUGGACGAGCACGAUGUUCAGCUGCCAAAUCAGUAUGACCACGGACAAAUUGUUAUUGGUCGACUGUUCCAUGUGAGGGAUCGAUUCGAGGCGAAACUCUCUGAGAUUCAGGGACUUCGGACUAUCAAGGAACAUCCUUCUCUGUCCAGUUCGUCAUCAUCAUUAGACAAUGCUUCUCAUGGAGUAAACCGAGGACACACGGGAGUUGAGGUCAGUCUCGUCGAGAAAAUCAGAACUAAAACAAAGUACAAGUUGUGUACGCGUACUGAUAUAUGGGCUCCACCUCUUUGUACAAAUCCCGCCCACUGA